AUGAGCCAUUUGGAACUUAUUCAGCAAGAUAAAGAUAUGUCUGUGAUGAUUUGUGAAUAUCAUAAAGAUGAGAUAUCUAAUAAGAAUAAACGGUUAUUUUCUGAUGAAAUUGGAGUUAGAGAUGAUGUUGAGGUAUUUCCUGGUGUUUUAGGGGUGUUAGAUCAAGAAGCUUUUGAGAAAAAUGUUUUUUUGAAGGCUAGUUAUGAGAUUAUUGAAAGAGGCUUUUUGGAUGAUUGCAAAAGAUUGCGGCGUUUAGAUAGAGAAAAAAUGAAAUUGUUGGAGAAGAUACAAAAGGUAGAGGAAAAAGCGCAUUCACGCAGUUUGUUUAGUAUGAAGAUGGAGGAUGAACAAAAAAUUUUAGAUUUAAAUAAUCAGCUGUCCUUAGUUCAAAAGGAUAUUAAGGAAGUUUCUAAAAGAAUAGAAGAAUUUUUUGAUAAAAAAAAGAAAUAUGAACAGGACAUGAUACUAUCAGAAGAAUGUUCUGAAAAAAAUGAUAGAGAAUAUUUAAUACGGACUGGUAAAAUUACGCCGUUUUCAAAUAUAUCUGGUUUAGAGCGUCAAAUUGAUUCAGAAACUCAUAAUGAUUCACUUACAGUUGAUUUAACUUCUCAAGAAAUUAAUGUUGAAAUAUCAAAUGAAAAAGGUCAAGAAGAAAAUACUUUUCAAGAAGACAUUAGAAAAAAAGAAUCUUUAAAAAGUUGUGAUGGUAAAAAAGAAAACUUUCAAAAAGCGACAUUUAUGAAAAGACUUAAUACAUGGGUUUCUGAAAGAAAGGAACUUAGAAUGAAGUAUAAUAUGGUAGAAAAAUCUGAAAUAUAUAAUGAGUUAGAAGAAUGGUUUUUGCCGCAUCCAACUAUUAAGGAUUGCAAGUUUGAAGGAGGGUAUUCUUUACCUGGAGAUGUACAUCUAAAAUUAUUUAAUUACCAAAAAACAUGUAUACAAUGGCUAUGGGAAUUGCAUUGUCAGGGUGUCGGUGGAAUUAUUGCUGACGAAAUGGGUCUUGGGAAAACUAUUCAAAUUGUUGGAUUUCUUGGAGGGUUGCAUUAUUCUCAAAAGCUUUCUGGUCCUAUUUUGAUUGUUUGUCCUGCAACAAUAAUGAGACAAUGGGUUGCUGAAUUUCAUAAAUGGUGGCCUCCUUUUAGGGUAGUUAUUUUACAUACAACUGGAAGUGCUUUAAUAGAUAUAAAACAUGAAGAAUUGGAAAAACAGUUUGAAGAUGAUAAAUUUUUAAAAAAUACAGUUUCAUUUAAAUCGAAAGUUAUAAAAAAUAUAAAAAAAAUCAUAGAAAAAGUUAAAACUUUAGGCCAUGCUCUUAUUAUAACAUAUUCUGGGUUACGUGUGUAUAGAGAGUAUCUUUUUCCAAAUAAAUGGGCUUAUUGUAUUCUUGAUGAAGGACAUAAAAUUAGAAAUCCUGAUUCAGAUGUAUCAUUUAUUUGUAAACAAAUUAAAACUCCUCAUAGAAUAAUUUUGUCAGGUACACCUAUACAAAAUAAUUUGGAAGAAUUAUGGAGUUUAUUUGAUUUUAUAUUUCCUGGUCACUUAGGGACUUUACCUAUAUUUCAAAGUCAAUUUGCAAUACCAAUCAAUAUUGGAGGAUAUGCAAAUGCUACUAAUAUUCAAGUUCAAACUGCUUACAAAUGUGCUUGUGUACUUCGUGAUCUUAUAAGUCCAUAUUUGUUAAGAAGAAUGAAGGCUGAUAUGGCAGUUGAUUUGCCUAGUAAAAGUGAGCAAGUUUUAUUUUGUAAGUUGACAGAAUUUCAGAAAGAAGCGUAUCGAUCUUUUUUAAAUUCUAAAGAUAUGGAUUUAAUUUUAGAAGGAAAGAAACAAAUAUUAUAUGGGAUAGAUAUUCUUCGUAAAAUUUGUAAUCACCCUGAUUUGAUUUAUAGAGAAACUUUUUUAAAGAAUAAUGAUAUAGAAUAUGGAGAUCCCAGAAAAUCUGGAAAAAUGUUAGUUAUAAAAGAAAUUCUUAAGCUUUGGAAAAAGCAAGGUCAUAGAACUUUGCUUUUUGCACAAACCAAACAAAUGCUUGAUAUUUUAGAAAAGUUUAUUAAAAAAAUGGAUCAGUUUAGUUAUUGUAGAAUGGAUGGAGGAACAAGUAUAAGUUCUAGACAAAGUCUUGUUGAUAAAUUUAAUAAUUCUAAUGAUAUUGAUAUUUUUCUUCUUACUACUAAAGUUGGCGGACUAGGCAUUAAUUUAACUGGUGCAAAUAGAGUUAUAAUAUUUGAUCCAGAUUGGAAUCCUUCAACUGAUUUACAAGCACGAGAAAGAGCAUGGCGUCUCGGUCAGAAAAAAGAUGUAAUAAUAUAUCGUUUAAUGACAUCUGGUACAAUAGAAGAAAAAAUAUAUCAUCGUCAAAUAUUUAAGCAAUUUCUUACUAAUAAAAUUCUUAAAGAUCCUAAACAAAGGAGAUUUUUUAAAGCAACUGAUUUGUAUGAUUUAUUUUCUUUAAAAUCUGAUGAUACUGAUGGGACUGAGACUGGUGAAAUAUUUAUUGGUACUGAAAGAAUAUAUCAUAAAGUUAAAUCAUCGUUAAAUAUUAGCGAAAAUAAAAAUACUAAUGACAAUGAUAAAUUAAAGUUUAUUCCUGGAGUAACUGGAUUGGAGAAUUUCAUUAAUGAUACUUUAUCUAAGAAAGAUAAUGAAACUCAGAUUUUGGAGGAUAUAUUUGUGAAGUCUGGUGUUUGUAGUGCAUUACAGCAUGAUGUGAUUAUGAAUUCAAGUCAUCAAGAAGUUACGUUGAUUGAAAAAGAAGCAACUAGAAUAUCAGAGAAUGCUUUAAAAAUCUUGAAAGCAUCUAAAAAAGAGAUUCGGAAAUCAGAAAUCGGAACAUUAACAUGGACAGGAAAAUCUAAAAAAUCCUCUCAAAUUAAUUUUACAGAAAAUAAAAAUACGUAUGAAAAUAAAACAAAUAAUAUAUAUAAUUUAUGUCAAGUCUCAGACCAUAAAUCAACAGAAUUAGUUAAAAGUAUAUGUGAAUUUAUUUCUAUGAAAGGAGGAAAAGUAUCAUCGGCUGAUAUUGUUGAAAGAUUUGGUACAUCUGUUAAUGGAUUUCAACAAGUAGUAGAGUUUAGAAAAUUAGUCAAGAAAAUAGCUAAAUGGGAGAAUAAAUUUUGGGUUUUGAAAGAAGAAUUUUUAUAAGGUUUCUAAAAAAUAAUAAAUUAAGUGCAUAUUAAAAAAAUUAGGAUAAAAAUCCUAUUUAUG